AUGCAUUUCUUGGCUGAACGAGCAAAUCACAACACAAAGCCAGCUCAAUGUUUCAUCUGCCUACAAUUCGGACAUGUAUCGAAGUAUUGCAAGCGAGCUCAAAACCAAAUCUGCGCCAAAUGUGGAGAUAAUCAUCGUCAGGAAAACUGUGACAAAGGAAAUGUGCCACCUGUUUGCUGCAAUUGCAAAGGUGAACACUUAGCAACAUCAGUCGAAUGUCCAAAAUUUAAAGAACAACAACAAAAGACCAAGGCGACGAUCGACAAAUACUCCGCGUCGUCAACGCGACCAACGGCGAAAGCGCCGAGACUAUACGAUGACAAGGAAUUCCCGCCUCUGCCAUCAUCUCGUGAACACUACUUUUCUGCAACUAAUGAAGAACUAACAACGCAAAUAAUUGCUUGCGUCACUGAAUCCAUGUCAACAAUGAUUGAAGAAGCAACAAAACGAAUAUUCGACGUAAUGAGUCGUAAAUUUGAACGUCUCGCUGAUCGUCUAAUAGCUCGACUGGGCAUUCGACUGGUUGAUGAUAAUCUUUCCGAUGUCGAAAUCAACGAGAAUGAGUGCGAAAAAACAAGAACAGGAAAUACGACGGAAGAAAAACAGCUGACUACUGAAAAAGUGAUACGUCGACGAACCGACAGACACACGACAACCAGCCUCGAUCGAUUAGAUUCAUUAAGCCGGGGGCAACAGCAGAUGAUUCCAUCUACACCUGCAGCCAAGCGAAAAGAGGUCUCGCCAAAUGGUCCAACAAAAUCGUCAAAAACCAAAACCAACAAUUCAACAACAGAUGACAAAAAUGGUUAA